AUGAAGUACCAUCUUGCUUGCAUUAUUGGCUUCAAUGCUAUUAAAUGUAAGAAGGUUCCAGCUAAUGUGAAGGAAGAGAUUAUUGCUUUUCUUACGAAGAAGAGUGGUGACAAGCAAAAGAAGAAGGAUGAAGUGCAAAGGGUUCGAUCUGCAAUUAAUAUAGAGAACUCAGAUGAUGAAAGGGGUAGUGGGGAUGAUUGUGACUUUGAGAGGAAUGAUGUUGUGUUGCUGAAGUCAACAAGAGGCAGUGGGACGAGUAACUCUGGAGCUGUGGUAGGUAGUGGCAGUGCCACUAUUGAUAAGUUUUACAAGAAAACAUCUAUAGAAGAGUCUGUUCGCAAUAAUCAAAAGGGAUUCAACGUUAGCCAGAAGGUCCAAUCAAAGUUGUCAACUAUGAAAAGAGAAGAGAAAAGGGACAGAGUUUGUGAGUAUAUUUGCCAGUUUUUCUAUGAAGCUAGCAUUCCUCGCAACACUGUCACCCUCCCUAGCUUUGCUCAUAUGCUUGAGUCCAUCGGACAGUUUGGCAAGGACUUGAGAGGGCCUAGUCCAUAUGAGAUGAGUGGACCAUUUUUGCAGAAGAGGAAACAGAAGGUGCUGGAUGGAUUCAAGAAUCAUAAGGAAUCAUGGGAGCUCACAGGUUGCACGGUUAUGACUGAUGCAUGGACAGAUAAGAAGGGCAGGGGAGUUAUGAAUUUAGUUGUGCACAGUGCUCAUGGUGUUUGCUUCAUUGAUUCGGUGGACUGCUCCGGUGACAGAAAAGAUGGCAAAUACAUAUUUGACUUGGUGAACAAAUGCAUAGAAGAAAUAGGUGAAGAAAAUGUUGUGCAAGUGGUGACUGAUAAUGCUAGUGUGAAUGUAUCAGCAGCUAGUAUGCUAACAGCAAAGAGACCAUCCAUAUUUUGGAAUGGAUGUGCUGCUCACUGCCUAGAUCUCGUGCUGGAGGAUCUUGGGAAGCUUGGACCAGUUGCAAAAACUAUUUCAAGUGCAAGAGAAGUGACUAGCUUCUUGUAUGCUCAUACAAGGGUAUUGGAUUUGAUGCGGAAAUUUCUUGGGGAGGACUUGGUUCGCUCUGGUGUUACUCGGUUUGCCACUGCUUACUUAAAUCUGAAAAGUUUGCUAGACAACAAGAAGGAGUUGACAAGGCUCUUCAGAUCAGAUGAGAUGAAUGAACUAGGUUCAUACUUGACAAAGGCAAAGGGGAAAAAAGCACUCAAAGUGGUGCGAUCUGAAGUUUUUUGGAAACAUGUUGACAUGGCUGUUAAUUUCUUCGAGCCAAUGGCUAAUGUGCUUCGCAGAAUGGACAGUGAUGUUCCUGCAAUGGGAUUCUUCCAUGGAUUAAUGCUUGAUGCAAAGAAACAUAUUGCUGUGAGGUUUGAUAAUGAUGAGAGCAAGUACAAAGUUGCUUGGGACAUCAUUGAUAAAAGGUGGGACAGCAAGCUCAAGACUCCUCUCCACUUGGGUGGCUACUAUUUGAAUCCUCACUAUUAUUACCCAAACAAGUCAGAGAUUGAGCAUGAUGGAUCAUUUAGAGUUGCUGUUAUUACAUGCAUUUGCAAGAUGAUUGAGGACGAAGAAACCCAAGACACUGUAAUUGAAGAACUCAACAUGUAUCAAGAUCAGCAAGGAUCUUUCGGCCAUGAGAUUGCUAUAAGGCAAAGGAGAAACAAGAAUUUUAAUCUAGCAAAAUGGUGGCUGAACCAUGGCACCAGCACACCAAAGUUGAGAACUUUGGCAUCUAGGAUUCUUAAUUUGACAUGUAGCUCAUCAGCUUGUGAGAGGAACUGGAACAAGAGAGAGAACAAAAACAGAGAUCCCAUAGAGAAAAAAGUAGAUGACAUUCUUGCUGAUUAUGAAAAUGAGUUCAUCACUGGGAAAGAACCAACUGCAGAAGCUGAUGAAGAACAAGAGAAGGCUCAUGAAGAUGCAUCGGAAGAGGCACCAAACAGGGCAUCAUCAUCACAGGGACAAGCCAAAAGGAAGAGGAGUUCUCGGCCUGGGAAGAAAAUCAAGACCGUGAGCCUGCAGUCCUUGAUGGCUAUGCGUGUUGAAACAAUGCCGCAAGCUGCUUCUUCUUCUGAAUCGGAGUCUGAUAAGUCUCCUUCAGAUUCUGGAGAAGAAUAG